AAAGUAUCCGCCGGUCACUUCCGGUUGGUGCUCCUCUGCCGCGAGCGACGAUUGGACGACUAUAGACGGCUCACUUCCGGUGCCCAGUGCUGGGUUCUCCGGCAGGAAGAGAAAAAUGGAGCCUCCCAGUGCAGCCCGUGCUUGGUCCCUCUUCUGGCUGCUGCUGCCCUUUCUGGGCUCGGUAUGCGCCAGCGGUCCCCGCACCCUAGUGUUGCUGGACAACCUCAACGUGCGGGAUACGCACUCGCUUUUCUUCCGGAGCCUGAAGGACCGAGGCUUUGAGCUCACGUUCAAGACCGCCGACGACCCCAGCUUGUCCCUCAUUAAGUACGGGGAGUUCCUCUAUGACAAUCUCAUCAUCUUCUCCCCCUCGGUAGAAGAUUUUGGCGGCAACAUAAACGUGGAGACCAUCAGUGCCUUCAUUGACGGUGGUGGCAGCGUCCUGGUGGCUGCCAGCUCCGACAUCGGUGACCCUCUUCGGGAGCUGGGUAGUGAGUGUGGAAUCGAAUUUGAUGAAGAGAAAACAGCCGUCAUUGACCAUCACAACUAUGAUGUCUCAGACCUUGGCCAGCAUACACUGAUUGUGGCUGACACUGAGAACCUGCUGAAGGCACCGACCAUUGUUGGGAAGUCAUCUCUAAACCCUGUCCUCUUCCGAGGAGUCGGGAUGGUUGCUGAUCCCGACAAUCCCUUGGUUUUGGACAUCCUGACGGGCUCUUCAACCUCCUACUCCUUCUUCCCAGACAAACCCAUCACCCAAUAUCCACACGCAGUAGGGAAAAACACCCUCCUCAUUGCUGGGCUCCAGGCCAGGAACAAUGCCCGGGUCAUCUUCAGUGGCUCCCUGGAUUUCUUCAGCGAUGCCUUCUUCAACUCGGCAGUGCAGAAGGCCACACCUGGCGCCAAGAGAUAUCCCCAGACUGGCAAUUAUGAGCUAGCUGUGGCCCUGUCCCGCUGGGUGUUCAAGGAGGAGGGUGUCCUCCGUGUGGGGCCUGUAUCCCAUCAUCGGGUGGGCGAGAAGUCCCCACCCAAUGCCUACACUGUCACAGACCUAGUGGAGUACAGCAUCGUGAUUGAACAGCUCUCCAAUGGCAGGUGGGUCCCAUUUGAUGGGGAUGACAUCCAGCUGGAAUUUGUGCGCAUUGAUCCUUUCGUGCGGACCUUCUUGAAGAGGAAAGGUGGCAAGUACAGUGUCCAGUUCAAGUUGCCUGAUGUCUACGGCGUAUUCCAGUUUAAGGUGGAUUACAACCGGCUUGGUUACACACAUCUGUACUCUUCUACUCAGGUGUCUGUGAGGCCACUGCAGCACACGCAGUAUGAGCGCUUCAUCCCCUCUGCCUAUCCCUACUACGCCAGCGCCUUCUCCAUGAUGGCAGGACUCUUCAUCUUCAGCAUUGUCUUCUUGCACAUGAAGGAGAAGGAGAAGUCGGACUGAGGGGCCGGAGCCCAGGACUCUCUACAGCAGGGAGAUGGGUGGAGGAUUUGUUGGAGUGGAUUGGUUGCUUUGUUAUUUUUUUUUUAGAGCCAUGGGAAAAUGGCACAGCCUUACCUCAACGGGAGAUGCAGUGUUGAGCACCAGGGGGUGGGGGCCAGGGGACAAUUUUUACAUUUUCCCACCUUGAAUUGUGACAUUUUUGAUGUGUGGGUCAAUUUCAUUUCUAAAAUAAAGAGAAAUGUUACCCUCA